AUGCGGCGCGCCUACCGGCUGGAGGACUUCCUGUGGACGGGGUCCGGCGACGGCGCGCUACCCCCGGGCCCCGGCCAGGGGCCUGGCGCCUCCGCCGCCCACGCACCCGCCACCACCACCGUGUUCCGCACCACCACCGUGCUCACGACCGUCUUCCCCACCAGCACGCCCACCCUCGUGGUCGUCGUCGUUACCAGCUCGCCAGUAGUUAGCCCGCCCGACCCCGGCUGGACUGCGGAGCAGCGCUACUGGCUGCUCACCGUGGUCAAGCAGCCCCCUGGCCGGCCGCCGCCCACGCUGCGGGAGCUGGAGGCGCGCCUCGCUCGCCUCUACCGCAUCGCCUUCGACAGGCAGCAGGAGCGGCACCUGGGCCUGGUGAACGCGUCGGCGGCGGCGGCGGCGCCGGCGCCGGCGGGUCGGCUGCGGCGGGCGCCGGCCGGGCCGGUGUCGGUGCGGCUGCUGGAGGCGGCGCCGCUGGCCGGCGACGACGCGCCGCUGCGCCUCGUGUACGCCGUCAGCGUGGGCGGCCGGCCCGUGCCCGCCGUCGCCGCCGCCUACGACAUGCGGCUGCUCUCCGACGCCGAGGUGUCCGCCGAGCUGGGCAUGCCCGUGCUCACCAAGGCUGAGCCGUUCCUGAAGCCGGCGGCGGAGCCGCUGGUGGGCGACACGUGGCUGCUGGCGGGGGCGGCGGCGGCGGCGGCGUGCCUGCUGCUGCUGUUCGCCGUGCUGCUCGCGCUCGGCAUGGGCAAGCGCAAGCGCGGCAAGCGGCGCGUCGUCAGCGACGCGCAGGCGCCCGGUGCUGGCGGCGCAGACAACAGGGCCUUCGUGGACUCGGAGGGCGCGCAGCGCACGGAGGAGCGCGCUGAGGAGAGCGGCCGCCGGCGGCCUUCGCCGCGCCUGCCCGGGGUGGCGCCUCCCCCGGGUCCUCCGCCCCCAGUGGCCGCCUCCGUCCGCGAGGAGCAGACGCAGACUCCGCGCCGGCCCGCCAGUGGCUCCAGCGGCUCCAGCAGCGGCCCCUGCUCCUCUGCCAGGGCCUCGCUAGUCCGGCGCCGCGCACAGCCGGCGCACCACCACCGCAAGCACCGCCACCACCACGACCAGCACCACCGCCGGCGGCAGGCGCAGGAGCAGCAGCAGCAGGCGGUAGAAGGAGCUGCAAAGAAGCGGCCACGCCCCGCCGCAACGAGUGUGGAGGAGCCGGAGGCGGAGGACAUGGCGGACGAUGGGGCUCACCCAGUGGGCGACGACGCGGCCGCAGACGUGCCGGAGGACCUGCCGGCGCAGCUCGUCAGGAUCUCCAGCGCUGUCAGCCCCAACUCCUUCCUCUCCAUGCCGUCCAUUAAGGCUUUCCCCAGGGGUGCCAACAUCCCGGAGCCGCUGGCGCGCGUCCUGGAGCCGGUGAGUGUGCGCCACCUGGACUGCGAUGCGAUGGGCGGCGUCGCCCCAGGGGCGGCUAGGCGCCUGGCCCGCCACGGCAGCACCGGCGGUGGCGACCCUGGCGUCGUGGGGCCGCUCGUCUGGCAGCUGCACUGCCGCCAGCUGCAGCAGCAGCAGCAGCACCAGCACGGUGAGCACGCGCCAAAUGUAGGUCAUAUGAGGCGUCGUUUCCAUGAGCUGUUGGAUGAUGCUUUUAGCCUCUUUGGAAGUCGCAGUGAAAGUCCUGGACUGGAAGAUGGAACCAGCAGCCCUCCUAUGUUGCACAGAGUCCAUUCAGCAAUUGUCAGGCCAGUGGGUGGGCCACCGGGUGUAUCUGCGCAGCGGCCACACACCACGGAGCUUCGACGACCUGCAACAGCAUCUACACCUCUAACUGCAGCAGCCAGGCCACGUGGAGCUUGGGGAACAGUGGAACACUCUCCACUCUCAAGUGCAGGUCGUUCAAGGCCAUUAAGUGCUGGUCCUUUCCACCGUCCACGUUUACCAACUGCUCCAGAGGUGGACUGUGCUCUAGUACUCUGUGAUUCUCGGCUUGCACCCUCUGAUCCUGCUGUACCUCUCAUUGCUGCCAUAAAGGAGGAGCUGCAGAAGUUUUCUGACAGUGCACAGCCACCUGUUACUCUUCCUGGAAGCACUUCAUCUAAAACGUAACCCAAGGAUCCUAGUAUAGGAUACAUAGUCAAAGAGCAAAGAAUUUCAUGGUCGUAUUUCUCCAUGAGCCUGUUGCUACAGCUGAAAUUAUGUUACAUUUGUUGGACAUAUGAACUAAAGUAAUUUAAAUACCACUUGAUGGGAAUGACAUAUGCUAGCCAAAUACAGAGACAUGGAUUUCUUACAUGAACUCAGUUGGCCCAUCAAAAUAAUUUUACAGCAUGAAUAUUGCAGAGUAAAGUGAGAAGAUGGUAUGUUUAUAAAUAUGGUAUAUAACUGAAGCACACUUAUUAAUUUCAUCCCACAAAUCAGAUUUGAUAGGUAAACUUGAAAGGCCUUACAAUUUAAACACCCUCAGAUGCUGCAGUAAUGCAGGCAGUUGCCAAAUGUAAACAGAUAAAUCUUGUAUAUUGUUCUGACUUACAUUAGUUAGUUUCAGUGUAGCUAGUACAUUAUUAUCAUGUCUCUUCAAAUGUUUAGUAAUGUUGAUGAUCUUGCUUUCAUAGACAAAGAGGCAUAUUAGGUUUUUAAGGUACAAUUGGUAUGGAACUGUUGUUCAAGAUAUGGUAUAAAAUAUGGACCAAAAGUAAAUUAUGACAAAAUAAAGGAUAAGGCACAAAAAUUAUUUUAUAUGAUUCCAUAAAUGUUCUUUUUUUCACUUUUUGCCAUAGACCCCCUCACACUUCUUACUUUAUAACCCCGGUUCACAGGAUUCACAACUAAAGGAAUAUGCUUUAUUUCACAUAUUUUUACAAUUCUUCAUAAUUUACAAAUAAUGUAAGUAAUGGAAAGUAAUUUUUGUUAGACAAGUUAACAGUUAGUGCACUGUUACAUUUAGAGUCAGCCAAGCAACAGAGGACAAGAUUUUUUUGUGUGUUUCAGCAGAAAUACAAGAUUGUGUCUUGCCAUGAAGCAAAACAAUUGCACCAAACUUUCAGACAUGCUAUCUGUUGCACUA